UUUGUAUUAAUGACGCAUUAUUAAUCUCUACAGAGUCUCUUCUUUCUUUUGAUGUAUAUAAUAUGUCGCUUGUUUUCAAAAGUAUUUUAGUUGUUCACAAAUAAUCAAGUAAACCAGAGGACAGCAGAAAUUAGACACUGAAGAUGAAGAAAAUUUUUGUGAUUGGUGCUGGUGUGUGUGGAAUGAGUUCUGCAGUUCAAUUGGCUGAGUAUUUUCAAAACAAAAAUGUUCAGGUCAUUGUUAUUGCAGAAAAAAUGACACCUUUCACUUUAAGUGAUCUUGUCGCUGGAUUAUGGAGUCCAUAUCUUAUGGGCAAUACAGACCCUGAUAAGAUAAUUCAAUGGUCGAAAGGAUCUCAUAAAUUCUUUCAUGAAUUGUGGAUUAAUGGAUUAGCAGGAGAUUCAGGAGUAACAAUGACCCCUGUUCUUGGUCUAUCAACAGAAGAGUCUAGAUGUAAUCCAUCUUGGAGAGAUAUUCCAUUUGGUUUUCGUGAAUUGACCCCUGCUGAGGUGGAGAAAUAUAGCAAGGAGCAUGGGAGAAAUUAUCUUUCUGGAUAUCAAUUUGUGUCCUUUUGUUGUCAACCAAAGAAAAUGUUACCUUAUCUAACAAAACGAUUCCUUAAAGCUGGUGGAAAAUUUGAACAAAGAAAGAUUAUUAAUCUUGAAGAUGUAACUGGAGCGGAUUUAAUUAUCAAUUGUACUGGCUUAGGAGGCAAGUUUUUGGGUGAUGAUUUACUUCAUCCAAUUAGAGGACAAGUAACAAGAGUUAAGGCGCCAUGGAUGUACAGUGUUAUUAUUGAUAACAGCGACGACGGAAAUUAUAUUAUCCCAAAUGAUGAUAGUGUUAUUUUAGGCGGAACUCAUCAAGUUGAUGAUUACAAUUUGAAUGUUUCCAUACCUGAUCAUGAUUUUAUCAAUGCAGGGUGUCAACGAAUGGUCAAGAGUCUUGUAAAUGCGGAAAAGGUUAUAAAUGGAGUUGGUCUCCGUCCAGGAAGGAACAGUGUUAGACUUGAGACUGAACACAGAGGAAAUGGAAAAACUACAAUCAUUCAUAAUGUUGGUCAUGGUGGCUCUGGUGUUACACUUUCAUGGGGAUGUGGAACUGAAGUCUUGGAACGUGCAAUUGAUGCCAUGAAUACAAGUGCAAAAUUGUAAAAAAUAAUUUGUAUUCACAAAAUAAACAAACCAAAACAAUUUUUUUUAACGGUAAAAAUAUUUUUUGAAUGUGCUGACGUCGUCCGGAUUCCCCCUACAUAAUGAGCUUUAAGUAACAUGCUGUAAUGAAUGUUCUAACCGGCACAUGGAUUAUCUUCAAUAAUCUUGGAGGAUUCUUAGAUAACCAUAGAUUUUUAUGAUAUUCAUUGAAAUUGAAAUAACUAAGCGAAUCCAUCAAAAC